CAAAUUCCCUGCAUUAAUUUUUCUUGAGGAAAAAGAUUUUUAAUGGGAGAAAAACGGGGCUACGACGUCGUCGUUUUAUGCGAUUGCCGGCGACUGAAAACUGCAACAGUGUGAUUUUUCAGCAGAAUAAAGAAGAAAGAUAAAAAGGAAGCAAGCUGUAGAACGAAGCGUAAUGGCAGUAUCUCCAAAAUUAUACGUCAAUAAACCUAAAAAAGCGCAGUUAAAGCAAAAUCAGCAACAACAUGCAUCUUCUCCAACGCCGCCGCCGCCGACGUCAUCGAUGACGUCAUCAACUCCACCACCACCUCAGCCACCUAAGGAAUCUUUUAUUCGCCGUUAUAAGUAUCUAUGGCCUAUGCUUUUGGCUGUCAAUUUCUCUAUUGGAGCUUACCUUUUCAUGAGGACAAAGAAGAAAGAUGUGGGAACUGAGGAAGGAGAAAUGCUUGAUGUUCCUGCGGCCUCUGUUUCAACAGCAGCUGCUAGCGCAGUUAUUGAAAAAGAAAUGGAAGUCACUACUCCACCUCCUCUGCAACCUGUGAUUGUACGUGAACCAAUACCAGAGAAUCAACAACGUGAACUAUUUAAAUGGAUGUUGGAGGAAAAGAGGAGAGUUAAGCCAAAGGAUCCCGAGGAGAAAAGGCGCAUUGAUGAGGAGAAAGCCAUCCUCAAGCACUUCAUCCGAGCCAAGUCCAUCCCAGUUUUGUAAUUUCUAACUGUCGACGAACUCCAGUGCUCAUAGGCUUGGAUGAAAGCUUUAUCUUCAGGUCGGAUUUUCAUCUUUUUCUUUUUUCCUAAUUAUAAACAAAUGCUGAAGUAAUGAAUUUGCUUGGAUAAUGAAGUGAUGCCUAGUUCUAUCUCCAAAUCUUUGGUUUUGACAAGAAAUUUGUAAAUACAUUUGAACGCUUUAACUAUGUAAUUUUACUGGCUAGAAGACAUCUGCUUGUUGGUAUGGACUU